AUGCAGAAGCUGAAAUCAGUCCUUUGGCAAUCUUCGCCCACGUACAACGCUGUACGCACAAGCCAAUCCGACGAUGAUGACCAACCAGAACGGGAAGAAAAGCUGCUCAGCGAACUCGCAGCAUUGGAGAGCAACAUCUGGUGUCUGCGCGCUAGCCUACUCAUCACCAUCGUAGCUCUGUUACUUGUGACCGUUUUCGCCGUCGUCGAUCGAGUUUCUUAUGAUAAAGCGUCACUCAAUUGUGGAAAGGGCCACAUAGGUAGCGACCCGAAUGGUUUCGUGCCACCUGGCAUUGGUGAGCCGCCACGAUGGACGCUGUUUGAUAGCAACUCUCCAUAUUACAUCGAAGAAGAUACUUUUUAUGACUUGAACAAGACGAAAAUGAUGGCGAAAAGACUCAAAAGCCUGCAUAAUUCAUCAAACGUCCUUGUCAAUGGAAACUUCGCGGACUGGAAGAAACCUGACGGCACGGUCGCCAAACUGCCGGCGUAUUAUUCCACAGUAUCAUAUCGUCAGACCUACAUCAUCCGGUCUUUUCAUCAGAUGCAUUGUCUUAUCUCCAUCGCGGAGGAAUAUGGACACAGAGCAAACAACGCCUCUUCCCAGUGGGCUCCCAAGCAUGUGGCCCACUGCCUCAACGCCAUUCGCGAAGCCAUCAUGUGUCUGGCAGACGCCACACCAAUGACUUAUGUGAAUGGGUUCGCAGUCGGACAUGUGACGGACGAUCAACAGUUCAUGUGCAGGGAUUGGUCUGCGCUACGCAGAUGGGCAAACGACCCGGUGAGAGGAAUCCGCUACAAAAACAUUGCGCCCGAGGGGGCGGGCUACGACAGCAACACUGAGAUUAUCCCCUUUCCAGAGCUUUCUGAGCUGGAGAAAGUGGGUCUGGCAUGA